CAGCGCUCCGCCCGCCCCGCCACUGGCCAAGAAUAGCCAAGCCCUGGCAUCAGCCCCACAACACAACACACUUGAUUACAGGCAGCGGCAAAAAAAGUGUCAUCUCCCCCGGAAAGGCUCGAACUUUCAACCUCCUGAUGUGCCAUCAAGCGGAACGGAUAACAGUCAGACGCGCUAGCCAAUUGCGCCACGGAGGAUCUUCUCGAAGAGAAUGUGGCAUACUGGUGUACUGUUUGAUGGAAAUUGGGACCUAGGUAUAUAAUAUAUUUUAAGUUAAAUGAAAGGGAGGAGUGCGAGGGCUGGAUGCGCAAUGUUGGGAAGCUCUCAGGGCGUCAAUGUGCAUGGUCGCGGGCGAAGUGAAGCUGAGAAGUCUGAGUGCGGCCAACGGCGCUGGACUACAUUUGCCAUGUCUCGGCGCUCGAGUGCAACGCCAAUAAUCUGUGCAGAUAGGAUGGACUCUAAUGUCUGUUCAUCAGUAUGCUUGGAAUACAGGCAAGUGGUACCUGUCACCAUGCCCCUGACUGCACUACGUAUGAGCAUAGCAUAUCGACAAGUCGAGAUCACGAUGGAAGGCGCAGAAACAUCGGUAAUAACUGUGGUCAAUUGUAAUGGAUUGAAAUCAAUGUGCCUUCCUGGAAGCAUGCUUCCUGUUCUCUUCGUCGCUCCGUGCUGUUCCCUGAACCAGCGUCUCGCGGGGACUACCGUCGCUCGCGCUUCCAGAUCGCUGCCGAUGCUGCGCGUUCUGCAUGCAUUGGAUACUUGGGCGAGACCGUCCAGAAAUUGCGUGGACAUCGCGUGGACAGACGUGUGGUCGUACGUCGAGCAGCGGCUAGACUGCGCGGUCGCUGGUCGUCAAGGGGCGCCAGGAGCAUCAAACCCUCCGCUCCAAUACUUUCUAUCGGCGUGCCAUGUCAGAGCCAAAAGCAGUGCUCAUCGCUAGAGGAUGUUUCGAGGUGGGUGCUGUUCGUAGCAUCAUAGUGUGGAAUCAAGUCCUGCAAAUCAGUCGCCCGUGCCGGGCCUCAU